UUUUUUCUCCUCGAUGGGUUAGUAAAUAGUUUUUUUUAUUAUUUCUCCUCACUCUCAAGCAAAUUGAUUUUUCUCUUACCGCUUCUACAUACAUUAAUGCUGCAUAUUUUUUUCCAUAUUGUUUAUAUAAAUAAAUGUAUGAAUUUUUAAGGAUAUUAGAGUAUAUCAAUUACCUUGAAAAUUUUGAAAAAUUUUUUUGUUGAAAAAUUUUUUUGCAACAUUACGCCAAAAAAAUUAAAUUUUGAAAACAGUGCCAAAAUUUUCGCGUGUCAGGCCAAAUGCCAGUUUUUCAAAUUUUUAAAAUACGCCAAACACCAGAACGCCAAAAUCUGCCAAAAAUAGCACCAAAACAUUAUGUGAAGUUUUUUUCUCUUCGAAUUUCUUCUAAAAUCAUCUCUGGGGGUCUGAUUUUGGAUUGGGAAUUUUUUAAAAUACAAAAAGGCAAUGCCAUCUUUCAUGUUUUCCUGGAUCUUCCACAAAAAUCAUGGUUCUUUUCCUAG